UUACGCUCAUCCCUAAACAAAAGAACCCGAAGGGAAACAGACUGGGGAGCGCCGGAGCCGGAGGCCGCCGCCGCAACGUCGCCGCCACCUCUCCCCGUCAGUGGAUCCCCUCCUGCGAGGCGAGAAGAACCCUAGGGUUAGGAUUUCUUAGGAUAGAAGCAUCGGCUCGUGCGCCACGGAACACAAGCAGUGGAGUUAUUGUUGCUGUUGAUGGAUCGUAUCAUUUGCACCUUAGUGUUCUGGUUGCCGAUGGAAAAGUAAUCUCAAUUCGUUAUGAUAAGAGAUUACUUGCAAGAUCAAGGACUGCUACAUUUGUGUCACUGCCAUGUACCCGUUCCAAGGUUGGGCAGACCUCCCGGAGGGUCUGCUGGAGUCUAUCAUUGCUCGGCUGGGCCUGGUCUCCUCCCUUGAUCUUGUUGCCUUUGCUACCACUUGUCGCUCUUGGCAUGCUGCCUUUUCCUCCUUCUUACCACUCCUCCCACCUCUCCUUUUCCAACCUGAUGCCCCUCCGUGCUCUCCUCGUCCUACUCCCAUUAUCAACAGCCUGGUACUCACACAGCCAUGUUGUGUCACUAAUAUAGCCAACCAAGAAACCUACCAGUGCUGUGAGAUUCCCAUGCUUAGUCCUUUUGGCCGAAACAAUACUCUGCCAAGUCCUCUGGAAAGGUUUUGCUUCAGGGGUGCUUCUUAUGGUCAUAUUAUUCUGUCCAGCAAUAAAUCAUGUGUCGUUGCUGAUAUAUUCACAGGUGUUAGGGUCUUAUCUCCACAAUUACCGGUCUUCGAAGACACUGAGCUCUUUUAUGGUGCCCUCACUGCUCCUCUAGCAUUACCUAACUCACAUCUCAUUGUCGAUACCGGAUCACAAAAUUUGUUUUGGCGUGUUGGUAAUCACUCUUGGGUGCCACGUACUCCUGGCAAUGGACCAAUCAAGCAAAUCGUGGUCGUCAAAGGGCAGGUCUUUGGCAUGGAUUCUGAUCGCAGGAUCUUCAAAGUGCACUUGACACCCGAGAUAAACAUACAGGAACUACCAAUUAUGGAGUCUAGCAUGAUCAAUAAAUAUCAUCUUACCAACACAUGGCUGGUAGCAUGUGGUGAUAUGCUUCUCUUAGUCGGCUUUUGGGGACCUAUUGCAGUAUCAGGGGUAACCUUUGAAGUCUUCCGCCUUGACCUAACGAUCGAGCCUGCAUUAUGGUUGAAGGUGGAAAAGGUGGAGAAUUGGGCAAUAUUCAUCAGCACAGACAAGAGAAGCCAGACAUUGUCUUGCAUGAACCCAGAGGUAUGGGGAGGAAGGAGCAACUGCAUAUACUGCUAUAACCACGAGUCUAAACAUUGGAUUGCGCUUGAGUUGGGCAAGCCGCUGCAGGGAGAUCGGUCGAAAUACAACCCUGACGUCUUUAUUUACACAGGCUGUGACAGCACGGUGCAACCUAUGUGGGUUGUCCCCAGCAUGCUUUCUUUUUGUCGGUGAUAAUGGCUACUAUAUCUUGUUGGAACAAAUUUUACUGUAGAUUUGUAAAAUCUCUCCACCUUUGGUAGUUGUCGCCGACUAACGAAUCCUGUAAGUCGGCCAGGAAGGAAUUAUCUUGCAUUGCUCAAGAAUAUUCAAUUUAAGCGUGAUGAAUCUGAAGUUGAUUUUUUGCCA